UCAAACUCCAGCCUUAAUUCCAUCAAUUCGCAAACAAAAUACUAUCUUCUUCACUGAUUCAAUCAAUUAAGCCUUACUUUUGUCUCAAAUUUCGCAUCUCACAAAUCCAUCAAUGGAGAAAUUCGAGCAAUACGGGAGAGUUUUCAACCACUUUGAUUCGGACGGUGACGGCAGAAUAAGCCCGAAGGAGCUGCGCCAGUGCGUGGCCUCGAUUGGCGGCGACAUGGCGGCAGCUGAGGCGGAGGCGGCGGUGGCGGUGGCGGAUUCGGACGGGGACGGGUUGUUGAGUUUGGAUGAUUUCGUGAGGAUAGUGGAGGGGGCGGGAGAGGAAGAGAAGCAAAGCGAUUUGAAAGCGGCAUUCAAACUGUACGCACCGGAGGGAAGCUCGUGCAUUACAGCAGAGAGCUUGAAGAAGAUGCUCAACAGAUUGGGGCAGAGAAGGAGUGUUCACGAUUGCAAAAAUAUGAUCGCCCCUUUUGAUCUUAAUGGCGAUGGAGUGCUUAAUUUCGAUGAGUUUAAGAUUAUGAUGUCGUGUUGAUACCCCUCAAUUUUAAGAUUUUUUAAUUUCUGUAUAUGGAUUCAAUUCAAUUCAAUUAUUCACACCAUUGAUUGAUUCUUUUUA